AUCAGCCGAGCGUAUAAAGGAACCGCGGGGCGAAUAGCUGCCCCAGAAUCUGCAUGACUCUCGAUAGACAACAAGUAUCUAUGAACACUGCGUUUGAAGCUAGAUCCGCAAUAUGCCUGAGACAGAUACAAUGGAAUCGAUGUCGGAGACAGAGCAAUUCAGUUCCUGUGUUUUGAGGCACUCGCCCUCCAUCAAGAGCAGAGCUGUGUUUGAUGUCCCCCGACGGAACUUCCAGGUCAUCUAUGGCGAUCUGGAGCGCCUCCCCAACCGAGUCCGGAGCUAUGUGGAGGAGAAUGCCCGUGUCUGUCAGCCCGAUACCCUGCACAUCUGUGAUGGCUCCGAUCGGGAGAACGAGCUUCUCACGUACAUGCUGCAGAAAGAUGGCAUCCUGAAAAGUCUACCAAAAUAUGAUAACUGUUGGUUGGCCAGGACGGAUCCUGCAGAUGUUGCGAGAGUUGAGAAGUUGACCUACAUAUCGACAGAUGAACAGCGGGAUACGGUGCCAAGUCCCAAGUUUGGUGCCAAGAGCCAGCUGGGCAACUGGAUGUCGCCAGUGGACAUGGACAAUGAACUCAACAUGAGAUUCCCUAACUGCAUGAAAGGGCGCACCAUGUAUGUGAUUCCGUUUAGCAUGGGCCCUAUUGGAUCGCCCAUGUCCAAGAUCGGCGUGCAGCUGACAGACUCCGCCUACGUGGUAGCCAGCAUGAGAAUCAUGACACGUAUGGGGUCACGUGUGCUGAAUGCCCUGAACGAUGAAAACUUCGUCAAGUGUCUGCACUCCGUCGGAAGACCUCUACCUUUGACAAGUCCUCUCCGUAACAACUGGCCGUGUGACCCCAAGUUGACCUUGGUGGCUCACAUCCCAGAGAGGAACGAAAUCGCGUCCUUUGGCAGUGGGUAUGGCGGAAACUCUCUCCUUGGCAAGAAAUGCUUUGCUCUACGUCUAGGCUCCAUUCUGGCCAAGAGAGAGGGCUGGCUGGCAGAACACAUGCUGAUUCUGGGCAUCGAGAACAGCAAGGGGGAGAAGAAGUACAUGGCCGCUGCGUUCCCCAGUGCGUGCGGCAAGACCAACCUUGCCAUGAUGACCCCUUCGCUGCCAGGGUACAAGGUCACCUGUGUGGGUGAUGACAUCGCGUGGAUGAAGUUCGACAACAAUGGCAAGCUCAGAGCCAUUAACCCCGAAGCUGGAUUCUUCGGAGUGGCCCCUGGUACCUCAAUGAAAACAAAUCCAAAUGCCAUGAAGACGGUCAAGAGCAACACAGUAUUCACGAAUGUUGCGGAGACGAGUGAUGGAGGGUUCUUCUGGGAGGGCUUGGAGAAGGAGAUGACCAAUGACGUCAAGGUGGAGUCGUGGUUGGGAGACGGGGACUGGAAGAAGGAGAGCGGCAAGCCGGCAGCUCACCCUAACUCCAGGUUUUGUGCCCCAGCCUCACAGUGCCCCAUAAUGGACCCUGCAUGGGAGAGCCCUGAGGGCGUGCCCAUCGAGGCCAUCAUCUUUGGGGGCAGAAGACCAGAAGGAGUUCCGCUUGUGUACGAGUCCUUCAACUGGCAGCAUGGCGUCUUCCUUGGUGCCGCUAUGAGAUCCGAGUCUACAGCUGCAGCAGAACAUAGCUCCAAACAAAUCAUGCAUGAUCCCUUUGCCAUGCGCCCAUUCUUCGGGUACAACUUUGGGGAUUAUCUGAAGCACUGGUUGAGUUUCCAGCAACGCCAGGAGAAGCUUCCCAAGAUCUUCCAUGUUAACUGGUUCCGCAAGGACGACAAAGGACACUUUCUGUGGCCAGGAUUUGGCGAAAACGCUCGUGUGUUAGAAUGGAUCUUCCGUCGUGUGGACGGAGAGAACAUUGCAAAUGAAUCUGCCAUUGGCUACAUCCCCAAAUUUAACUCUUUAAACCUCAGUGGUCUCGAGGAGCCAGUAGAUCUCCAGGAAUUGUUCCGACUGCCUGCCGAUUUUUGGCAGGACGAGGUAAAGUCCAUCUACAAGUAUUUUGACGAGCAGGUGAACGAUGACCUGCCUACUGCAAUCAUGGAGGAAUUGAAAGCCCUUGAGAAGCGAGUUUCUCAGCUGUGAUAUAUUCAUCCUCAUCACCCAACCUGCUGGACCCGCAGUGACCAUUUCACGAACAUGAGACUGCAUCACUCCACUAUCAGUGAGCAUCUUUUGUAGCUGAUCACCCAUUGCUCAAAGCCUGACAGUACCAGUAUGGUUGCAACAUUGAGACAGUCAUUCGAAGAUACUGUAUCAUAAGAGAAAUACAUUGUAUCGUUGAGGAAGUACAUUGUACAUUUAGGUGAGGAUGUUGCAAUAUGGUAAACUUGUUAGGAAUAGAAUUUAUUAUUGAGCAUGGUAGUCGUCAUAUUUGUAGUUGGUAUAAAUACGUCUCUUCUUAAUGCAUUUGUAUAUCAUGGUGUGUCAUGAUAUUCAAUAUAAGGUUCUAUGCACAAUGUCUACUAUGUAGACAUCUAUUGUACCAGUGCAGAGAUUUUUAAUUUUUUUAAACUUAUUUUAGUGCCCUGUAUGUUUUAUCCAAUGUUUCUUUUACAUUUAGAUACAUCUAAUUAUGUCACUGCUCUGGUCAAUUAAAUACAAAUACAUUCCAUAUCAAGUUACAAACUAUAUGUGCUUAAUCUCAUCAAGAUUCAGAUAAGCUCCAGUGUUUCUGACCUGAAAACUGUAAGGCCACAGCCUUUUAUUUUACUGUACGAAUAGUUUCGGCUCUGAGUCAGUAAUGGUUAAAUGUCUCCCUGUCUGCUCCUUUGGCAACACUUGCGAAACUUAGAAAAUGAGGUUAUUCUUCCUAGUAAAUAUAACAUCUCUGUUGUGGUCUAAGGAAACGGUUCAUGUGCCUUGCCGCUGACGGUGCCUGUGAUACUAUACAAACCAUACAUUAAUUAUCCAGGAAAUUGCAAUAUCAUUUAUCCAAAUGGCAUUCAUUUUGUCAGACUCAACUCUGUACAAACUCACGUUUCAGGUGUCUUACUCAUUUGACUGAAUGAAAUGUGUUUUAUCAAUAUUAAACUAGAAUUGUGUGAUAAUCUCUGAACAGAGACGAUGGCUGUGAAUCUGUGAGUGUAUGUGUUCAUUCUUUUAACAUGUGUCGGUAUGCAAAAAUGUGUUCUACUUCAUAUAGGUGUAUUUUUUAUAACAUGUUGACAAUAUUUAACUGGGAGAAUGUGGAUCUAUGACCACAAUGCAAUGACAAUAAACUGAUGGGUUGUUUUAA